AUGUUCCGAGCAGUGAUUGCCUCAAGCGGAAGGCGUUUGUCCGUCACUUUCCGACGAUCAUACGCUCCUCCGAAGGCGGGAGCUGCUGCCGCCGUCAAAGUGGACAAAUCGUUCGUGGAUCAAGACGCUGAGAAACUAGCCACGCACGUCUGCAUCAACGCGUACCUUCAAGGAGACGAGCCGGGACCGAAAGUUCUUCCGGACUCGGAAUACCCCGAAUGGUUGUUCAAAUUGGAUCUCCGACCGCCGAGAGAGUUCGAGGAUUUGGAUCCGGAGAAGGACGGAUGGCUGUACUGGAGAUCCCUCAGAAAAAGACAAAUCGAACAGAAUCGGCGCAUUGAGAAACUGAAGACGAGAUUCCUUCAUCUGCAGGACAGUCCGAGUAUGAAGAAACAGAAGUAG